GGCGGCUCCACCGCUUGGCGCCACCUUCCCGAUCCGAACUGAGAUCUGAAUUGCCCGUGGCCUCGACUGCCAGAUCUAGGUGUUCAUCAUGGCUGACAGCCGUCGUCGGCGUUCGAGUGGUGGCGAGUCGAGAGGCGAGUGGAUGGACAGAUACGACACGGGAGAUGACUUUGAUUACUAUGACAUCCUGCGGGUCCCCAGAAGCGUACGUGGCCAGACAGCAACAAUCGAAGUGACCCACCCCAUUCGCUUAUGACCUCUCUUUGUGUGCGUGGCUCCUCUCCCCAACCAUGUCAUCUACGGUAAAUGCAGGCUUCGCAGGACGAGAUCAAGCGUGAGUACCGCGAGCUCAGCCGCGUGUACCACCCCGACAAGGCCCUCCUCCAGUCGGCCUCGUCCAGCAGCGACUCCGUGGGGACCACCCCAGCCGUGCAACAGCUGCAGUACAGCGCCAGUGGGUACCUGACUGUGCAGGACACUGUGCAGGACCAGGACGACAGGCGGGGCAGCAAGACCUCAUCCGCCUUCCUCAAGCUCAACAGGGCCUACAGAGUCCUCAGCGACCCGCUACUCAGGCAGUUCUAUGGUGCGGACGGCCUUCUUGAGCUGACUCACACAUUGCUGCGCCCACACGUGUCCCUGUGCGUACUUGUGGUUGGUCAGAUCGGUAUGGUGCAGUUGGCGUCAAGCUGGUGGAGGAGGCCAAAGACGAGCUGCGGGCAGAAGAGGAGGAGCAGCUGCACGAGGAGGGAGGCGAGCAUGACGAGCAUCACCACGACACGUCCUCACCCCUUCUCGACACGCAACAAGUGCCCGAUGCCGAGAUCGACGAGUGGUCGGCUGCCUAUGCGCGUCGUGACUCGUCGUCGCUGGUGCGUGCGUCCAAUCCGAUGCACGAGUUCGAGAAGCGGGUCAACCGUCUGAUGCGCAAACACGAGGAGCUAUCUGCGCUGCGGCUGAUGAACCUUGCGGGGCACUUUACCCUCGCCACGCUGACGGAACUCUUUGACCCAACAGCCAACUUCCUCUUCAGGCGGAAGUGGAAGCUGCAAUUUGCUGCAAGUGAGAGAGGGAAACCAAAAAGACAGUGAAUGGGCACAGGGGUGUAUGAGUCUCUGUGUGGUCGGCUCAGUGGGUCAGAGUGUUCAGUUUAACUUGGGUGCGCACACCCUGGUGCUUGCAUGUGCGGCACACAUACAGAGCACCACUGCUGGUAUGCAUACACGUCCACGAGGAGGGACGCAUCCACACACAAGAUGCAAUCACCCAAGAUGGAUCACACGUGGGCGUGGUCGUUGCUGGCUUCGUGCAGGUGUGGCUCGUUUCAGUGGCUUGUGGUCGGUGCCGCUCGGCAGUGACAUGGACUUGAGGGUGUCGUUGGCCACUUCGGUACCAGACGGACAGCAAGCACUUGAAAGGCCAAUCUGUUCGUUCGUUUAUGUGUGCGUGCAUGCCCGGUUGUGUCCAGGGUACGUCCUUGAUUCAGACGAUAGACGCAUCUUUGUCGCGCAAACUUGAUGACAACCUCACUCUGUCGCAGAAGGCAGGCGCUCACACAAUCGCACCAACAACCGAGCAAUUGGCAGUAGUCUGGUGCUAAUUUGCGAAUGCAGGUGAGUGUGAACCGGAGAGGUCAGCUGUCGACCACCCUGGCGAUGGCCCAGUCGAUGGGCGAAGGACUAGACGGCAUCCUCUCGUGGAAGUACGCAGACGCCUCAACACUGCACAAGGACGGGACCUGUGUGGCACAUUCCUGAAUGCGUGUUUUGUCAGAAUCGGCGAGGGUCACGGGGUGUCUGCUCGAUGGCUGUGGACCAAAGACAAACUCUCCCUCAGGACCGACGUAUCUGUAAGCAUAUGUACCUUGGUUGUUGCACGGUAGAUGGGCUCUACCUUCUCUGCGAUGGAUCCUUCACUCAGGUGAGCGAAGACGACGUGUCGGUGAGCGGCAAAGCCAAGUACGACAUCGAUGAGAGCGCAUCGGUGGCCCUCAUGCCCCAGCUGUCCAUCUCACAAGGCAUCUCCACUGAGGUCAACCUACAGCCGUCGUGCACUCACAAAUGCACGCAAGCGGAGCCUGUUGAUUCUCGUUCUCAUUUCCUUGUGGGUGUCGGUUUCCCUUUCGUUGUAUUAGUGUGUGGUGUCAUUUCGGCCUUCCUUUGUCGAUGAAUUGACCAAGAUGCAGUACGGCGUACUGUGGAGGCCAAACGCCUUCUCACUCAAAUUCAGGUACGGAGAGGUGUGUUGACCGUGAUGAUUGGUGCGGACUCGCUGUUUUGGUCACAUGAAUGCAGGAUCGUGCGUGCCGGGAUGAGCUUCACCUUCCCAAUACAGGUGUGUUAGCCGUGUCCACGACCUAUCUAUGUGAGGGCGUAUAUUCCUUUCUGUCUGCCUGCCUGCCUGCCUGCAGCUGUUUCAGUCAUCUGAGCUGGAUCUUCUGCAGCUGCAGCUGGUGGGCUAUUUCCUCCUCCUGGGUGCCAUCCCGCCCGCCGCCUACCUCACCAUCAAGCAUGCUCACAAAUGUGCGUAGGAGACCGUAGACGACAAGGGAAGACGAUCCAUUCGCUUAUUCAUCGCGUGUUUCGUCGUGUCCACAGAUGCGAAAAAGAAGAGAGUUGGCCGUCACCUCACUGAGGCGCUGGCCAAUCUCCGUGUAGCCUUAGGCGAGCUCCGGAGCCGCGCCUACAGAAGUCUCGUGCGGGACCCGCUGAGGCCCGCCCAGCAUCAGCAGUCGUCUAUCACCGCUGGCAUCCGAGAGGCCUUCGGUGCCUUCAUGGCGGCAGUGUCCAGCGCUCUCAAAGACGAGGAGUUAGCUGACGGUGCGAAGGUCGUCUCCCAGAUGGAUGGAGAUGCGACGACGGUGCCGGAUGAGAGUCGGCUGAGCGAGGCGACCAAGCAGGAGCUGCAGCGAGCAAGGGACGACCGCAGCCUCCAGUACAGGGUGCGGUGCCAUGUGUCCAUGGAUGUACGUAUGUGAGAGUGUCAUCUGUGUAUGGGUGUCUGGGUGGGUGGUUGCAGGCGAGCGAGGAGUCUCGCGACCGAGAGCGGUCUCGUUCGGGUCUGGUGAUCGAGGCGGGGCGGUACGGCCACCCGAAGCUGCUGCGGCAGGACCCCCCAUCCUCCCUGUUCAUUGUCGAUGUCACCGUCCCUCUCAUGCACCAGGUCACCCACACGUACAGGGAUGGAUUCAGCCAUGCAGAGGAGGGAUUGCGGUUUGCCCUCGUGUCUGCCUGUGUUCUUACAGGUGCGUGAGAGCCGGCUGGAGUUGUCAUGCGCGCCCAAGGCGCAGCUGGUGGGCUUUGCGAACCCAUGUGCUGACCUCAAUGGCGUGCAGCCUCAGCUCUACAUCAGGCAAGCGAGCAAAGCAACGAAGCCAUGACGGACAGGUGACAGACGUGUUGUGUGUGCGGAUGGCACGUCGGGUGCAGGUAUCGAUAUGGCGGUCAGGUGUUCCAUCGUGUUUUCCUGGACAGAGAUGGAGUGCUGCUGCCGUAGACACGCAGAUGGGGAUGCACACAGGUUGCGUUGUCUUGUGGGUCAGCGCCAAGCGUGUCAAGGACGCUAUUUGUUGUGAUGGAAGCACAUCGAGACGCGUGUGUGCGGCACAGAUGUGGAGAGAUCCGAUGAAGGAAGG